GGCUGGGAUUGGGGUCAUCAUGUAGUUGGAAUUUUGGUACACUACAAAUCCAAUCCAUCUAAUAGCAGAAUGAAAAGCAGUCACCCAUUUCUUCUUAUUUCCUUCGUAUCAAAUUAUUACCCUUUCGGAUUUCGUUCAUAAACCAGAAUUUUCAUUGCAGGGAUGGCCCCAGAUUGGUCUUCUAUUCCAGUUGAUCUCUUGAGGCUUGUUGCAAACAAAGUCCACUCACUCGAAGACUAUGUUCACUUUGGAGCAGUUUGUUGGUCAUGGUACCAUGCCGCCACUUCUCCUAAGAACAACAACCUCAAAUCCUUAUUUCCUUGGGUGAUGCUUGCUGACAGAGAAAACAAUGACUCGCGUGGUUUUUACAGCUUGUCUAGCAACAAAGUUUACGAGUUUGACUUGCCAGAGAUUGUAGGAAAACGUUGCUGGGGCUCUCCAUUUGGUUGGUUAGUCAUUGCUGGUACUGACAAUAUGGAAAUCCAACUAUUCAACCCCUUAUCAAGAGCCAGUAUCUCUCUCCCCUCACAGACCACUUUUAUGGGUAAUGAGAACGAAAAUUCUAUUAUGCAUUAUUGGUCUGUGAACAAGGUAGUCAUUUCGUCAAAUCCUCCUAAUUGUAUAGUUAUGGCUAUUUAUUCAUGUUAUACAAAGUUAGCAUUUGCAAAGCCUGGUGACCAUGUUUGGUCCAAAAUUAGACUAGACAAUACUAUUGGUACUGGAUUCUCAGACAUCACAUACUUUAAUGGAGAUUUUUUCAUAGCAAAAUUCACAGGACAACUCUUGGUUUGUGAUUUUUCUGGCAUUGACCCAGUGGCAAUAGAAUUUGCACCAUCACCUCCUGGAGUGGCAGACGAGGCUAGGUAUCUACUGUAUCUUCUGGACUUGGGAGGUGAACUUUGUAUGGUAUUUCGUUACUUUGAUGUGAUUGAGACUAUAAACAAUAUAUCUAUGAAGACAAGGUCUUUUGAAGUGUAUAAGCUUGAUAUGAACACUAAGACCUGGAAGCAAAUGGAUUCAUUGGGAGAUUGGUCCUUGUUUGUGGGAAAUAACUACACUUUCUCUGUUCGGGAUUUUGGCUAUACUGAUUGCAGGUCUAGUUGCAUAUACUUCACUCAUGACUAUUGCCAAUGUUCUGACCAAAUUAGUGGCAAUGAUUCUGGAAUCUACAAUUACAAGGGAGGUGAGAUACAUCCCUUACCCGUAUCGCAGGAUCUCUAUUCUGUUCUUCGUCCACCGCUUUGGAUCACACCACAACUUCUUUAAGCUGGUAAACUUCGCAUCAUUGAGAGUACAAUGGCCAUGGUCAUUUUAAUAGAUUGCUGUAAUUCUAAUUCCGGUUGGAUCAUUUGAUAGUAUGUAAUAAUUCUAAUUCCUGUCUAUAAAUUAUGGAUUAUCCACUCAAGAUAGAUUACAUGUUC